GUUCUCUUGUGGGCCGUCAAAAGACAGUAUUUUGUUUCUCAGUAUCUCUGUGUCAGUAUCAUUGAGUAACUAGUAGCUAGCGUGGCCUGUUACAUCGAGACGGUAUAUUUUACUUGUCAUGAGAUAGUGCUGGUCUUUUAAGAGUGGACCCCUCUUUUAAUCUUUGUUCUUCAUCAUGGCUUCACCUCCAAGCAGCUACUCCCUGUCUCACUUGUCUUCGUCUUCCUCCUUACCUCCUCUUACCUCUUCUCCCGUUGCUCCUUUUGACCUCUCUACAGUACAGCAUCAACCAAACUCCCUCAAUAAUAACAAUAAUGAUCACUCCACCUCGGUGAACAGUGUGACCAGUAGUCUAUUGAGCGAUAGGAGGUCUAGCUCUCCUGGUGCCAUGGACUCGAUAGGGGAUCAUCAUCACUCCUCGUCUUUGUCUCCUAAUUAUUCUCAUUAUUAUUAUACAGGAGGGGGAGGAGGCUCUGUUACUAGUAUGACACCACAGCUGGUCUCUAUACGUGAGGUUGAAACUCAUGGUACCCCAACUGCCUCUCCGAUCAUGAGGCCUGCAUCUGGACGAUUUGUAGGAGGUGUUAAGAAGUUGCUAAGAAUACCAUCAGGUCCUCAGGCAGCAGGUGUAUCCGCUAGCACAGUACAAGCUGAGUUGUCAUCAGUCACAAACCUGUCCUCUGAGGCUACCCCUGGUGGUAUUGAUCAUCCUCCUGGUGAUCUUGAGACUAAUGAAAGGUCUCGUAUAUUUCGUAAAGUCAUGAAACAGAUCAAGCGCCAUCCCCGAGUCCUUCAUCCUGCCUUCAGAAGGCCUCAUCCAAUACGUCGCAAAGGGUCCGAUCGUUCAAGAAACAGACACCAUCAUCAUCAUUACAGCGGUGAUGAUGGAUAUACGUCUGAUCCUGGCCUACUGCGUGAUGCAAUACACGCCAGUCAUGAUGAGGAUCCAGAGGAAGAGGAAGAUACGGAGUCUGGUGAUAGAGAGGGCGAAGUGAGAGCUGAGAGGAUAGCAAGGAUACAAAUGAAACUAGAGAAAUAUAAAAAGUUGCUGCAAGAGGAAGAGACGGCAUUACAGGAGGCACAGAACGUGUAUGUGGUUGGAAUGGAGGAGUCAAAUAGUGAUAAGGAACAGCACAGGAUCAAGAAGCAUUUCAUUAGCAAACAAGCGAAAUCAAAGGAUGAGAUUGACCAGUUGAAGAGGAAGGUGGAGCACUAUGAGGAGCAGCUUCAAGAGAUCAAGCAAGGAAGAGGUCACCUAGUGGUCACCUCUCACCACAUGAGGUACAAUAAAGUUAGGAAUCACUUCAGUCGAAUAAGACACUUAGGAUCUGGAGGUGUGAAGCAUGGAAUAAAAAUUUUAAGAAGAAAGAAAACACCAAAUAGCCCCAAUCAAGAUGAAGCUGUCAUUGAUGUUGAAGAUGACGAUGAAGAAGAAGAGACAUACCAUCCUGUAGAUGACAUUGAGGCUGAUUCACACGCGUCCUUUAACGACGACCACCACAUAGAUAUGAAGGAAGACGAUCCUCCUUGUGAGUACUGCUUGAAUGAGUACACUAAUCUUAUGGAUAUAAUUAAUGAGCACAAGAAAACAGUGUCACUGAUACAGCAAGACCAUGCAUUGUUAUUGGAGAAGCUACAGCAAGAGAAGGAUAAGACUGACCGUCUAGAGAAUGAGCUCAACACAUUGACUGAUCUUCAUCAGAAUGGCAUUAUUGAGCUUAGAGGACAGCUAGCACAAAUGGAGAGACUCUCAUUUGGUAAAAGUCAAGAUUUAGAAGAUAAUAUUGAAAACUGUCAAGCGAGACUUCAUUCACUGGAGGUUAAGGUAACUAACACUGAUGCUCUUAUCCCCAAACCAGUCAGAAAUGGUUUGGCGCGUAGUAUCUUUGUCCCGUUCCUGUCUUACAUGCUUUCCAUUAUUUCUAUAUGCUUUAAACUCUCAGAGCACAUGGGGAAGAAGACGUUACUGGCUAUUUUCAUCAUAGUAAUCGGAAUUAUUAUUUAUUAUUCGUUUCUCUUUUAACUGUCAUCAGCUAUACGUACUGUUUUAAUAAUGCUAAAAAUUAAUAAUAGCAGCUAUAUUAUUUUUGAA